AUGGAUAAAUACGAGGCUGCUCUGCUACGAAAGCUGUGCAAAUCGUUACUUCCACUUGGAACACGUCGUCUGGAAGAGACAGCUCAAAUAUUCAAACUAGCUUGCGAAGAUGAUUCGGCGAAGGAAAUACUGCUGGAAGUUUUGCAACAGUCUAAGCAGCCUCCCGCUAUCCAAUUCGACUUGUCACAUUCUGGACAUUGCUCAAUCGAGCUCGCGUCAUUGCCACGGCCCUUUCCUCCUACUACCGGAUAUACGUUCUCGUCCUGGAUCAAGAUUGACCAAUUCGACUCGGACUGCCACACCACUAUAUUCGGAGCAUUUGACGCCAGCCAAACAUGUUUUGUUCUCGUCUAUAUUGAGAAGGAAACUCACCAGCUCAUAUUGCAGACGUCAGUCACUGCGAAGAGACCCAGUGUGCGCUUCAAAAAGUUUAGAUUCGGAGCCAGAGAGUGGUACCAUAUUGCCAUAGUGCAUCGCCCCUCUAGAACAAGCGGCUCAAAUCCAGCUAUACUAUAUGUCAACGGACGGUGCAUAGAAGAGCAGCAUUGUCCGUACCCAGAAGCGCCUCCGCUGAUCCCGGAGGUUCGUGCUCCUGUGCCUUCUCAGGUCGUUAAUACCACUCGAAGACCGGUCCAAGCUUUCUUUGGCACGCCACAAGACCUUGCUUCUCAAGCAGUCGACCGUGUCUUGAGGCUGAAGUGGUCAUUGGCAAGUGCUUACUUGAUUGACGCGUCCCUUUCUCCGGAGUUGGUCGCGGUUCAUCAAAAACUCGGUCCUCGAUAUUGUGGCAAUUUCCAAGACUGCGUGGGACCUUUCUUGACUUAUCGGGCUUCUGCCGAGCUCAAUAGGUACAACGAGAUGCUGCACGCAGACAAAGACGAUAAGUCCCAGAUUGUCAAGGCUACGCAAUCUCAGGGUAGUGAACUCCUCCCUGAAGGCAAACUCUUGAUCAGUAUGUCGGCUUCGAUGAUUGUGGACAUGAACGGUCUUCUCGCCAAUGGUAUAAACAUUGUAGAUAUGCUAAGUGACAAGGCCGCGGCACAUCUGCAGUCUCUCACGCGCAACGGCAAUCCGCUAUUGCUCAACGCGGCCCGACCUACCAUCAACGAAGCUAUCACGAGGUCUUACGGAGCAGCUGUUGUUACUGGUAGCCCUAUCCUGACUCUCACUCGUGGCUUGGAUGAUGGCAGUUGGCAGAUCGGUGGCUGUUUGCCUAUCAAUAUGAAGAUCAUCCAGAGUGCAUCAACUGCCGACUCGCUUGUGACAUCAGUUGAGAUUCUGUUCCAAUGUGUAUUGGACAACUGGCGAACCAGCGAAGUCAUGGAGAAAGACAAUGGUUUUGGUAUCCUGGCAGUUUUGUUACGAGAGAAGCUUGGUAUAUAUACCAAUGGCCCUGGGAGCAAUAGGAGUACCCCGGUAGCGAAAACCAUGCAACAAAGGGAGGAGUUGGCAGCAAGGCUCCUUGAAGUUGUGCUUGCCUUUGUCGGCUACGACGUUAAGAAUCCUCACAACUCUUUGCUCGUCAACCCCAUGGCUUACCGAGUUCUGCUUGUGGAUUUCGACACCUGGCGCACGAUAAGCAUCGAAACUCAAAAGCUCUACUACCAACAAAUAGCUGGAUUUGUCUGGAAGAACAACAAUCAGACCUUUAACAUGAAACGUUACAACAAGAUGAGAGUGGUGCGCAGGUUUCUAGACGCCCUCAAAGUCGAUUCAAUCAGUUCUGAGGUAUUGCCUGAGAUUUUGCAUGCUUUGCAAGCUCUUAGCUUAUGUAAGACGGCACAUCUCAAUCAUCGGGAUAUUGCUACCUUCAUCACCUAUGCGUUACAUGACAACAGAGCCUUGCAAUUAAUCACGCCCGAGGCGCUUAGCCCUAAUUCGGGGUCGCCAGGUAUAGCUAGGCUCAGUCAAUUGAGUCUUGGUGUCAGUGUCGUCGAGACCUAUUCAGAGGUGCUUUGUGGUUUCGAGACCAACACACAUAUCAAGCGUUUUGAUCAGCAAGUUCCUACACGCUGGAUCCUCCAUCUGUUGGCAGAGCCUGAUUCUCGCGUUGUGGGCUCUGCGCUAUCAAUCAUAUCAAGAGCAAUUGUGGAAAUACCAAGCUUCAAGUCAAAAUUUGCCGAGAAGAACAAUGGCUUCACGACACUACAAGCCAGACUUAGGAGCCACUGGAGAUCUCCAAGGGUCUGGAUGGGAUGUUUUGCUAUCCUAUUCGGUCGUCCAUUCGUCUCUCAACACGACCCUGGAGAGCUCACCAUCUUCCACCUCAUGGAAGCAUUCAUGCAGCAAGGAGAAACCGAGAUCAGGCAUCCUGAGAUCUUCCCAGCGAUAGCCGGUAUGUUGGAAGCAAGUCUGAGGACCAUAGUAAAGGACUCAGCAAAUCCAAACGACAACGAAAACUUCCCUGAGUUGCACUCGAUCCCAAAGACCAUAGUCCAGUUCCUUACAGACGUACACUCCCGGAGUAAGUCGUUCCGAGACUUUGCCGUCGACUCCCACUAUGUACAGGAAUUGCUUUUUGUACUGUUCCCACUCAUAACAAGUGCGGAUCGACUCAGUGCAUCCGCAGAACUGGCUUCCGAAAGCCCGCUGAACUUCCAAGGACGGGAAGUUGUUUUACGACCUCAUUCCAAUUCACUUGGUGAGCGACCGGCUGUACUCAGAAGCGGUUCAAGCAGAACGCUGCCUACCCAAAAUCGCCCGAACCAACUUCAGAUUCCUCGCAGGACAUCGUCUUUCGUAUUUGUCAAUCCUGGCGCGUCAGAAGUCAAACAGUCUACUGUAUCCACACGUUUCAACGCAAUAAUGUCCCCCACAACAAGCAAACCAGUCAAGAUCAACGUCGGCAACGCGGUUGUCGAAUCGUUGCUUGAGCUUGUAGUCAUGGUAUACCUCGAACAAGUUUCCCAGCGCAAAGACUUUGCAGGCUUUGGUCUGUUUCUCAAAGUACCGCCAGGCUUCCAGGAACACCAAGCAUACUUUGAAUCAUACGUUCUGCUUCACACCAUGCAUCAAUUAUGGAACCAUCUUCAGCUAAACCAAGAAUUAAUGGUUGAGCCAAGAACUCUAACGAACUUAGCUCGAUACAGCUUGCAUAUGGCAGAGGCUGUUUUUGAAGGCUGGUUCAUUGAGGGAGCCCAGCCGCUGCUGGACUUUACAGGCAAGGCACUGGAGUAUCUGCAACAGCCAGCCGUGUCGUCGACAAAGGGCGUACGACUGUGUUCACAAGCAGUAUCAACACUUCGUUCAGUGUUUCUUCGCGUCACACUCCUUCGCCUGUCCGAACUCGACGAAGUUGAGGAUGACACUGACGCUCUUGACUUCCUGAGAAAGAUGACUUACUGGCAAACCAUCCUGUUUUCACCGCAGAACCAGGAACUCCCUUUCAUCAGGCUGAUUUGUUAUCUACUGUAUAUCAAGAUGACCUCGCCGUCGUCUGCGGUGCGGCAUGCUGCAGCUUCGUUAUGGAGAAUGCUGCUUGUGCAAAAGCCGACAGAAGCCGCGACUAUUCUCAUACAGAACGCGGACCCGAAUCAACGACACAUCUCCACAGGAUUGAUCAAGCUUGCUGCCCACGACGACGACGAACUUCUGCAAUGGAUUGAUCAGAAUCGAAAACCCCUCGACGAGUUCUUCCAUGAGACUAUGUCGAGAUUCUGGGAUGAGUUUGUAGGCUCCGAGAACCAGAAGACCGAAGAGUCUGCCAAGAACCGCCUUGCUAAGCGUAAGGAGAAGCUGAAACAAUGGAAGACGACCGAAGCCGAGCUUGAUAAUGUCGCACAUCGAUUUGAGGUAUCCACCAGGCAUUGGCGGUCGAACAUCCAUUCUCAGGAGCGACUGAAGUAUCAGGGCGCGCUUCAAGACCAGCAAGAGAAUUUGAACCACAUACAAACGGUUAUUGCUAGACUGGAAAGUCUCUUGAAGCAGCCCUCGGGUAUAUUCCCUGAGAGGGAACCGUUCAAAUGGCAACUCGACCAGACCGAGUCGCGCAAUAGAAUGCGUAUACGAAUCGUGCCAGAUUUACGACGGGAUCAAGAAACUUUUCAGCCGAAGCGUAAAGGUUCUGAGCGUAUCUCGCAAACGAAGCUGAAGAUUGACACACGGUCUCGCCAAAGUUUGUUAGAAGACAUUGUUUCGGCGGAGCCUACCCCACGGACGCCUGCUAAUUUCGACGCGCCACAUUUCGACAAUGCUCCAUUGACACCAAGGGAUGAUUCUAUCUCGAAUUCUGCACUGCUCGACGGCGAGUUCGAGAUGGUAGACGACCCCAAAGAUGGCGAGGAAGGUUUCGAAGACAAGAAUCGUAAAGUCCUCAAGAGCUUACAGCGCGGUGAUCGUGUACAAAACAUUUGUAACGUCUCUCGUGUGGUUGGUCUGGAGGCUUUCGAGGGUCUCUUGAUCAUCGGCAAAAAAUGCCUAUAUCUUCAAGACGAAAUGUUCCAAAGAUCCGAUGGAGAGAUCGUCAGCGUUGUUCACGCCCCCGACGAAGAACGUGAUCCUUAUGUUCAACUGAUCUCAGGAAAAGAGGUCAAGACCAAACGAAAGCAACGCGCAGAGAGAGAACCUGCAAGACAUUGGACCUGGCAAGAACUAUUACACAUCUCAAAACGUCGCUUCCUGUUCCGAGAUGUCGCAUUGGAAGUCUUCUUCACCGAUGGUCGCAGCUACCUCUUGACAUUCAUGACGCCUUCAGCACGCAACGACGUUUACUCGAAUCUCGCAGGAAAAUCGCCACUUGUAUACGGCUCACUGUCCUCUCUGCCUGCCGAGGACGCUUGGAGACUCGACUCGCUGAGAAAUCCGGAAGAAACGCCACAGAGCUUCGGCUCCAAGUUUGCCAAUGUCUUCAACUCAACAUCAACCAACGCAGCGACUCGACGAUGGACCCGUGGCGAGAUAUCGAACUUCCAAUAUCUCAUGCUUAUCAACAACAUGGCCGGUAGAACUUUCAACGACCUCACGCAAUAUCCUGUGUUCCCUUGGAUUCUUGCAGACUAUACUAGCGAGGAGCUAGACUUGACGGACCCUCGAAGUUUCCGAGAUCUCUCCAAGCCGAUGGGCUGUCAACACCCUGCACGCGAGUCCGAGUUCCGCGAGCGUUACCGUGCUUUUGCUGAGAUGGGCGACGAACACUCUCCACCUUUCCACUAUGGUACUCAUUACUCGUCGGCCAUGAUCGUUUCAUCAUAUCUCAUUCGAUUGCCACCAUUCGUACAGUCAUACUUGUUGCUCCAAGGUGGCAACUUUGAUCAUGCAGAUAGAUUAUUCGACUCGAUUGAGAAGGCCUGGUUAUCUGCAUCCAAAGAGAACAUGACUGAUGUUCGUGAAUUGACACCAGAAUUCUUCUGUCUGCCCGAGUUCUUACAAAAUAUAAAUGGGUAUGACUUUGGCCAAAAGCAAGGCAGCGGUCAGACUAUCAACGAUGUCGUUCUUCCACCUUGGGCUAAGGGUGACCCACACAUCUUCAUCGCCAAGCAUAGAGAGGCACUCGAAAGUCCGUAUGUCAGCCAACACCUCCAGGAAUGGGUUGAUCUUAUCUUUGGAUACAAACAGCGUGGAGAAGCAGCACUCGAAGCCACGAAUGUGUUCCACCAUCUUUCGUAUCAAGGUGCGAAGGAUUUGGAUUCUAUGCAAGAUGAAGUCGAGAAGCUCGCGACCAUUGGUAUCAUUCACAACUUUGGACAAACGCCUCACCAGGUCUUCCAGCGUGCGCAUCCAAGAACAGAGGAAGAUAAGCACAGAGUGGAGAGGCUUGACACUAUCGCAGAGUCCUUGAUCAAGCUACCGUUCCCUUUGUAUGAGAGCCACGAAAAAGUCACGGCGUUGACGUAUUCGGCCAGCCAAGAGCGUCUGUUACAUUCUCCUCCGUGCAAGCUCAACGUCCCACCAGCUUGUAAGAGCUAUCUCCAAUGGGGCUUUGCAGAUAACAGUCUUCGAUUCUUCACUGCCGAUAACAGAAGAAUGCUCGGUCUGUAUGAGAACCUACACAUUGGACAGAUCAGCACCGCUCUGUUCGCAGACUCAAAGACACUUAUCACGGGAGGAGCGGAUAGCACGAUUGGCGUAUGGACCAUCGGCUUCAGCUCAGACUCGGCAGACAUCCAGUCAAGGACCUACCUCUUCGGCCAUCGCACGCCUGUUAGCGUCCUUGCAGCCUCACGCGCUUUCAGCACUCUGGUAUCUGCGUCGGUUGACGGUCAAGUAUUUCUCUGGGAUCUCAAUCGCUUUGACUGCGUGCGUGUGCUUCAGGAAGCGAACAACGGCAGUCGUACAAUUCAGUGUGCCCAGGUCAAUAACUUGACUGGACACAUUGUAUUGUGCAGUGGAGCAUUCGUACGCGUACUAACAUUGAAUGGACACCUUCUUGUCGAACAGAAAGUCUGCGAUGCUGAAGAUGACGAAAUCACCUGCUGUGCUUUCUACGAAGGCGCUGCCAAUGAGUGGGUAGAGCGUGUGUUGCUCUUCACGGGCCACAAACGUGGCAUUGUAAAUGUCUGGUCACUCGUCACACUUCGUGAUGGAGCAUGGCAUCUUCAACUCAUCAAAAGGUUGAUGCAUGUUGAGCCCACACGCGGUGAGCCAAAUGUCCAAGUUCCGACAAUCACUUGUGUUCUGCCCAUGUCACAAGUUGUGUAUACUGGUGAUGAAGAUGGUAAAGUCUACGAAUGGAAUUGUGUGCAGAGACAUGGAGCCGGGCCUUUUGCUGGCUGGCGAUGA